CCCCCAUCAACAAUCGAGAAAUUCCGAGAAAACGUCAACAAAUCCCCUGAGAGAAAGAGAGGGAGAGAGAAGGUCGAGGGCCAGUUACCUUCAUGCUCAAUGUAAACAAACGGGGAAAUGAAAUUCCUGUAAAAACAACGUGGCACGGGUUCGGAAUUCAGAAGCUGUGACGAGAGCAGGAAUGAAUGACAGUCUCGCCGUGUGCUUUCAGCGACUGGAUUAAGGGGGUGGCACGAGGAGUUUCGAGGAAAAAAGCGUGGCUUCUCUCGCUCGCGGGAGGUGAAAAGGAGAGGAGACCCCCCCAUCAGGAGCAGCGAUCUCGGUGCUCGCAUGCCGUUUGCCCAGUUAGAUUGUGAACAAUGAGCAGCUGGACGGAGAGAAUGCAUCGACGCGCCGCAACGUUAGGAAAUGUUGUAACCAGCUGCGGACAUCCCUCCACCGAGCCUCCGCACCCGAGACGCCUGGAAAAGGUCAAGUUCGGCGUACCCCUGAACGAAGUGUGCAAGAAUGACAUCCCCGGCCCAUUACUGGUCCUUAUAUUGAAAUUGAACAAGGAAGCCCCGCACAGAAAGGACAUAUUUCGGGCGCCUGGCCAUCACAGCAACAUGAAGAAGCUGGUGCACUUCCUGCAGACCGGGCAUCUGGUCAACAUAGACAAUUUCAGCGUUUACACGAUAGCCAGCGUGCUGAAGAAGUUUUUGCGCAAGAUACCCGGUGGGAUAUUCGGCAAAGAGAUGGAGCAACAACUGUUCGCCAUAAUCCAGUUAGAUAGCGUGGAGCAACAACGGGACCAGAUACACAGAUUAAUUACCUCCAUGCCGAUGUACACGCAACGGUUGCUGGUGCUGCUGUUCGGAACGUUCAGGGUAGUGGCGGUAAACUGCGAGCGAGCGCACACGGGGAUGACCAGCGAGGCCCUGGGGGUAUCCGUGGCACCCUCGUUCUUUCACAGCUGCGUCAGCGACGGCAAGACCGCUAAGAUGGAGGACGUUCUCAGAUUUAAGGUUGCCACCCGCAUCACCAAGUUCAUGAUAGACAACUUUGGCGUUUCCAAUCUGUUCGGCAGGGACAAUUACGAAUAUUACGCGCGCAUAACCGGCCGGAUAUUGAAGGUGGAGGAGGAUUGGAUCUUUAGUUUCCGAUAUCCGCCGGACACUCUCGUGUCGAGACAGCUGUCGCUGGAGGCUGAAAAGUCGUGGUUGCAAUAUGAGUGCGAGAAGUGGGGAUUGAAGUUCAAUUUAGAAUGUAUGUCCCACCAGGAGGAAUCGCAGUCAACUCCGGCGUUGAUUCACGUGCCGGAGACCGUGAAUCUCGCGUCGUCAUUAGGCAUGAUCCCGGAGAACACCUUACUCGAGAGUUACACGCGUCUCUCGGUUAGCUUAGAGGAAAACGGCCUGUUCCAGGCGCCCAGUCGUUCGUCCAGUAACGGCAGUCAACAUUCUAAGCGCGGAACGGCGUGCAUGACGCUGGAAGAGCUCCGCGCGGUGAACCGCUACGCCGAGAGCACCAAGAGCCUCAGCUACCUGCCGCAGGUUCACGAGAGGCAAGCCGCACGGAUGCGAACUAGAUCUGAAUGGUUUCUCACGCCCAUAAUGGCCUCGGACAGCGAUCCCUCGGCGAUACACAUUCUACGCGGUUCCAAUCGGUCUUCCUCCGGCAAUAUCGCCAUGGGUCUGAGCGCCAGCGCGGAGUCGGUGAAGCGGCCGAGUCUACGGAGGACGUCCUCCAGGGAGAAGCAACGCUGGCACCGCAACUCGUCCCGUCGCAACAAGGAGAACGGCACUAAGGGGGCCGGCCGCUCGGCGACCGCGGCGGCGGCUGCGGCGGCGGCGAUGACGAUGACGGAGGCGUCCAAGUCGCGCUCCCUGGAGGCGAUCAAGACCGUGAAGAUUGUGCGCGUGAUGGUGACGGAUCAGGAUCAGCAGCAGCAGCAGUCGCCGACCGAGAUGCUGGCCGAUAGCGGCCACAACGAGAUCUUCGAGGAGCAGCACUCCAAGGAGGCGCGCGUGCCGUCGCGCGCGAGCGGCGACGGCGUCAUCGGGCCGCAGGACUGCACGGAGAUGGACGUGAAGACGUUCCACGUCACUCUAACGUACAAGCCGCGGAUAUAAAACGACUUUGAUUUUUUAUUACUUUUUUUUUUUACUUUAUCAUAGUCUAAUCUACGACGCUUUUUAGGAAUUAUCGGAAACGGUAUUACUAUAUAACUCUCUCUCGCGCGCGUGAAACGUACGUAAGUUUCGCGUUUGUGGUUACCCCAAAUAUUAUUACGUAGUCACAAAUCUGGACGACGAUUUUAUCCUCAUCGUUCUCGUUAUCCCCGACGUUUAGGAAAUAUCCAAUUUAUCUCGUUCACGAUUUAUGUAUAUAUAUGAUCUUUUUUUCUUUUUAUUUUAAUACUGACGCUCAGGAGUAUUGAACUCGAGAUACCUUCCUCGUGUAAAAUUGCUUAUGUAUAACACAUACAUAUAUACGUACACACAUACACGCAUACAUACACACACACAUAUACACGCAUACACGUACAAAGAUUUAUUUAUUUUCGCCAUAUUGUAGUUCAAGUGUUCGUUAAUUCGUUCGUUUUAAAGGAUAGUCGUGAGAUUUUAUCGUUUCCCUAUCCGUGUAACAGGACGAUCGAUUAAGUUACAUUACGGAGGAGGGAAAGGGAGAGGUUUUACACACGAGAGAACACGCGGGCCCUUGAUUUUCGUUGAACGUUGAACCCCGGUUUGAACCUCGAUUACUCUCGCGUAAUAGACAGCGGUAUCGUGGCAUUCCAGACGCAUUUACUCUUGCCCGGCGAUAUAUAUUUUAAUUAAAACUCUUCUCGCGUAACUCGAUAAUUUUCAAUCGAUCGGAGACGUUCGCGCGGAUUUUUUUUCUCUCUCUCUUUGGUCACACUCGAAUCCAUGCGUAUCCACGACCACCUUGCAUUUAUUCCAAGCUAUUAGAAAUUACGAACUUUAGACACUUCGGAAACUUGUCCCAUCGAUCAACCAUCGCGCGACGGCGCGUAACACACGCAGGGUGUCCCACGACGUGUCCGGCUGGCAAACUCUUCGUGCAAUCCUAGAGUUUUCAUUUUUCCCUCGAUAAAAAGGAUAUUUCUUUAGAAUCACGCCCGAUUUUGGUCAGUGAGCUCUUAUUUCCUUCGUUUAAAUCCACACAAAUGGAUCUUUAUUAAAAAGAAAAAAAUUAUUUAAGACAUUGAGAUAACGCUGAAAUGCUCAUGGAAUUGUGAGAGAAGGUAGCACUCGUUGAAACGUCUCUUCUUUAAAAAGAAUUCGUAAAUCAAGCUUACGAUAUUGCCGAGGAUGUUCAUGGUGUUCCUCGGCAGGGGUUUCGACUCGCUACUCGUCCUAGGUGGAUUCGAAAAUUCCGGCGGCUCCUUCCUUUCCCGGCCAAUCUGUAGACGGUACCAGUUUGCGUUCAGCUUAGCCGCAUUUUUCUUAUCCUCCUCCAUCACUUCGUGCCUCCUCCCAAUUUCCUCAUUCUGUUGCCUUGUUAAUCUUCUCCUCGAGUGCACUCGCUGCCAUGGCAAUUGCAUGCAUUGUAGAAACCUCGCUGGACCGAAUAGAGUUACAUAUAGAGAUACGUCGCGGGACACUAGGUGUAUGUGUGUGUGUGUGUAUGUAAAGAGAAGAGGAUUCGGUAGAUCUCGCAACGUGUUUACGCGAAUUCCCUUCGUCGCGACGUAUCGCGGCGCUAUAAGCACACGAAGCGCACCGUCACGGUUGUUGCAUGCCAAACUAGUAGUACAUAUAAUCCAUACUUGUAAGACAUCGAUUAUUAGAGACAUCGUCGUAUUGUCGCGUGUACGUUACGAAAAAUCGUUGAUAAUACCACAGGCGGGGGG